AUGUCUCACAAUCGCAUCACCACCGAUUCUCCUCUCUCGCGUCGCAUAGUUCUCUCUUUCCUCCAUUUCCUCAACCACGUUGAACCUAGCCCCGGGGUUGAUGCUGAGGGAAUUGAGGUUGCUAGGGAGUGUUUGGUUGAGGCUUUUAGGAUUAACUCGUCUUCUGUAAGCGGUGAACCUGAUUCGUUGGUUGAUAUAUUCAAAUCCUUUGAUGGAAACAAGCAAUGUGAAGUUGGUAGGGUGGAUUCUAUGAAAGCUUCGAGUUCACUCUCUGAUCAGAAUGCUGCUGGUGAUAAAGACCAUCCUGAGGCGUCGGAAUCCAUGGAUGAAGAUUUGGCAGAGGACCCUGACAUUUCUGUGUCUAAAGAUGAACUCUGUGGACAAUUCUUUGCUGCUUUAGAGAAAAAGCGCUAUUUCAGGACCAAUAUUGAUGGAGGUGAUGACAUAGUGCAAUUGGAGAAAGCAUCUCGCUUAUUUGAUAAUGGUUUUACGGAGAUGGAAAAAUCUGGGUAUCUGCAGUUUAAUAUGAAGAAUUUGGCCGAGUCACUAAAAGCACUAGGUAACAAGGAAAUGCAAUCCAAGCAAUACAAUGAUGCAGUUGAGUUGUAUAAUUGUGCAAUUGCGAUAAAUGAAAAGAAUGCUGUUUACUACUGCAACAGGGCAGCUGCGUAUACUCAAAUUAACAAAUAUACCGAGGCAAUAGAAGAUUGUCUUAAAUCUAUCGAGAUUGAUCCGUACUACAGUAAGGCAUACAGUCGUCUGGGAUUAGCUUAUUAUGCACAAGGAAAAUACAAAGAUGCUAUUGAUAAAGGGUUUCAAAGAGCCUUGCAAUUGGAUCCCAAUAAUGAGACUGUUAAGGAAAAUAUAAGGGUAGCUGUGCAGAAGUUGAUGGAAGAGCAACAUAAUGCCGGUCACAAUCAGAAUUCGAGAUCAUCUCCAGAAUUCCAAAACCAUUCUGCAAGGGGUUCGACAAGCCACACAGCUCCACCUACAUUUGCCUCAAUGCAAUUUAACCCCAGCAAUUUGGCAAGCAUGUUCAUGUCGGCUACAAAUGCACAUCAGGGGUCGCAUUCUCAGGAAAGUCAAGAAAAUGCCAAUAGUAGUGGAGCUAAUGAACCCGGAAUUCAGUUUGGGGCUAAUGUUAAUGUAAACCAUGAUCAAAUUCCUCAGGACCUAAGGGGCGCCUUUCAAUCUGUGAUGGGGAUGUUCUCAGGGAAUGUACCUCCUGGGCAACCACAUGAUCAAAUGAAUGGAAGUCAAGAAGAUGCCAAUAGUGGUGAAGCUAACGAACCAGAAAUUCAAUUUGGGGGACGUGUUGAUCUAAACUCUGAUCAACUCCCUCAGGAACUAAGAGUCUUUCAAAAUGUGAUAGAUAUGUUAUCAGGGAAUGUACCUCCAGGGCAACCACAUGAUCAAACGAAUGAAAGAACAGCACCAAACUAA